UGGGGAGACCGUUAUGCUCGUGGUACAUCUUUUUAUUGAUCCAGAUACCUUUCAAGCUUUUGUUUAGCCAACAAUUUUUAGUAAAAUAAUAAAAUAGCGAAGAGAGAUUAUAUCCUUUCAUUAGCUUGCUAUAAAUCCAAUUUCAAUCAAGGCUAGAAGAAACUGGUCGGAGUGAUCCAUCUCCACGUAGAGCAGCUCAGAGAGGAGGCUGGAAGCUUCUACGAGCCGGAAGAAGACAACCAACGAGGAGGAGAUGGAGGUAGACUGUCCCCCGGAGGAGUCCGUAUCGUCCGCCUUCGAUGAAGACUCAGUUGAACUCGGAGACGUCAAGGACAUGAGGUUGGAGGCGGACGCAAUCGUCAACGAUGUUCUCUUCGCCGUAACAGAAAUGCACAUCUCACAAAGCCUCACCAGCGCAUCGGACGUGGCUUACAUCAAUGUGGAGACGAGAGAGGGGAACCGCUACUGUCUGGAGCUGACCGAGGCCGGACUCAGGGUGGUGGGCUAUGCUUUUGAUGAGGUCAAUGAGGAGCUGAACACUCAGUACCAUGAGACCGUUUACUCCCUUCUGGACACGCUCAGUCCGGGAUAUAGAGAAGCAUUUGGAAAUGCUCUGCUUCAGCGGCUGGAAAAGUUGAAGCAAAACGGACAGUAAAAAUUGCAAUGAGCAUGUAGGUCAUACUUAAAUACUAAACAAUAACACCCAAGUUUUUACUUUGGCUUGUUAUGUAAUGUCUAGUUGCCUUUUUACUACAGUAAAGACUACAGAGCCCUAUCAACCUAGUUUUGCUCUAAGUUUCUUAAUGUUGAAGGAGUUUAUAAUAGUUAGCUUUAGGGACUGCUUCAGAUUGGCUGUUACGGCCCGGCUCGGAAGGCCGCAACAAAAUUAGGAGGAUACGGCAACCGGUCAGUGUUAAGCCCUCGAGAGGCAUUUCAUUUUAAAAGAAUCAAGUUGUCUAGGGGACAGCAAUCGACGGCCCAAGGGGUGAUCGACCCGCACCCCUUCAGACUGGUCCCUUCACACCAGGAAGCCCGGGACCCAUCCUGGCCUGGAUCUCCAGGUCGUCUGAGCGUGCUUGCUUCUGUCAGUCAAACCCAUGAAUGGAACGGCGCUCCCGAUAUACCAUCCAGGUGUCUGUAAUGGAAGCGCCUCCCACAUUGAAGACCUUAAUUGAUAGUUUUAAUUGUCACAUAACACACACAGGACUGCACAGCAGGGCCGUCACAUGGCUGUUUGGGAUCUGUUGCAACAGUUUGCUGUUUAAUUUACUGUGGAAACAUCCUAUUUCUUCCACAUGUUGUGACGUAGUAACUAAGUGAUAAAGCUGCUCUUUUUUUUUUCAUCAAAAUGAUGCAAAAAGAGUUGUUUUGAUCCUGCUUCUCCAUCUGCCCAGCUGCUCCUAACAAAGAAAGCUGUGACGUUUCUAAUAUUUCACAACUAGUUUUUAUUCAACAUGUUUUUUGCAAAGGAGUUAUUUCAAAGCAAAUUGCCUUAAAUGAGUUUUUAGAAGAAAACCACUAAAUUUAGUUCAAUAUUUUCUGAGAUUAAUUUCAAUUAAACUCAUUUAAUAUCUUUCCAUCCCAGUUAAUAUGUUAGAUAUUUUUACAGUUUUUUAUGGGUACAUGUUAGCUUGCAUUUUAAGCUGUACAAAAGCUCUCUUGUUAUUGUUGGUUUUGUAUUGAAUCUCUUGGUUCCGCCAGAAAGCACAGCAUUUAUUGAUCUCCAGGAAAGACUUUUAAAGCUGCUUUAAACAUUUUUACUCUACAUAUAACCUGUGUCAUAACUGAGUCAUAAUCCUUCAGUGUUAUGCAUUAGCUGAGAAAGAAACCUGAUUCCUUUCCGCAUUUGUACAUCCCCUUUGUUGUUAUUACUAACAAUAAAAUCUCAGUACGUCA